CUCAGCUGCUUCACUAGUCUAUAAUAAUAGAGAUUUUUGUGAAAAUGAAAAUUACACUAUUCAACUCUUAAACCCUAGCCGCUCCAUUCUUCUAGUUUUUUCUCCAAGUAAUAUCGAAAUGGCUUUCUGCAACAAAAUUGGGGCUUUGGUGAGGCAAAGCAUGUCCCAGAAUGUAAAAGUUCCAGUUAUGUUAAACUCUUUCAGGGCCAUGUCCAGUUCAAAGCUUUUUGUUGGAGGUCUUUCGUAUGGGACUACUGACGAGUCUCUAAAGGAGGCGUUUUCUGGUUUUGGUGAUGUGGUUAGCGCAAGGGUUAUCACUGAUAGAGAUACUGGGAGAUCAAGGGGUUUUGGAUUUGUUGACUACUCGAGCAAUGAUUGUGCAAGCUCCGCAUUGUCAUCUAUGGACGGCCAGGAGUUGAAUGGGAGGAACAUUCGAGUAAGUUAUGCCACUGAGAGAACCGGUGGUGGUGGCGGUGGUGGUCCACGAUCAUUCAACAAUAAUUUUCGUGGGAACAAUAGUGGCUUUGGUAAUGAAGGUUUUUAAGCUGUUGGGUGCCAUCAAGUGACUGGUUCUGUUGCUAGUUACUGCUUGUUUGGAGUCCGUGUGCUUAUGAAAUUUUCUUUAUAUGAAGCGUAUCUUAAGUUUUAGCUUAAAAAUAUUUGAUGGCAAUUGCCUAUUAUAAUAUAUGUCUUGGCAAGUGUUAAUUUGGAGUGGGUCAAUUUUAGCUGUGUUGCUAUAUAAUUAUAUUAAAAAAGGCCCUCUGCUGCGAUGGUUUCCAUAAUGUUUCUCUUGCUAUGCGGCACAUUUAAGCAUUAAUAGAAAAUUUGUGGUGCUAUCGACUCACAAACCUGAACAUUAGCAUA